AUGAGAGACUAUAAAGUUGUCGUUUUAGGAGCAGGAGGUGUGGGUAAGUCAUGUCUCACGGUACAAUUUGUCCAAGGUGUGUACAUUGACACCUACGAUCCCACAAUUGAGGACUCGUAUAGAAAGCAGAUUGAAGUUGACGGACGCGCGUGUGACCUUGAGAUCCUGGACACGGCCGGUGUCGCCCAGUUCACCGCGAUGAGAGAGCUAUACAUCAAAUCAGGCAAGGGCUUCAUCUUGGUGUAUUCCGUCACCGAUGAAUCGUCGCUGAAAGAACUGCUGGCAUUGAGAGAACAGGUGCUGCGUAUAAAGGAUUCCACUAACGUUCCAAUGGUUCUGGUUGGGAACAAGUGCGAUCUCGUCAACGAGCGCGUACUCAAACCGGAAGAUGGCAUUGCAAUCAGUGAGAAAUGGGGUAGAGUGCCCUUCUACGAAACCUCUGCACUGCACAAGACCAAUGUUGACGAAGCGUUCAUUGACGUUGUCAGACAGAUCAUGCGUAGCGAGAGUGAGCCGGUUAACCCUGACUCGAGAAUGCAAUCGACGUCGAACCUGUCCUCUACAAACGUAUUACAACAGAAUCAGCAGAGAAAGAUGUCACAGGCUGGCCAGUUGCACAACAAUCAACAGUCACAACGUCAGGCAUCGUAUGCAUCGCAACGAGCAACUCAGCAGGCCAAGCCAUUGGGGAAAGUUGCGGCUCAGCAGAAUGUCCAACAGCACAAGAAGACAAAGAAGAAGAAAUCGUCAUGUGUCAUUCUCUGA